UUCGUUAAAAAUUACUUUUUCAUCACUGUAAAUGCCCCUUACUACACUAUUUUUUCCUCGGAUUGCCAAGUUAGCACCAAAGCUAGCCUUGAUCUCUGUCUUCAAGAAACACAUAACUGAAACCAAAUUAGAGGGAAAAGCUUUGAAUGAAGAAGUAAUAAAAUUGGAGGCUCCUGCUAAAACCUUACAGGGAAGUGAGGAUAGUGAAUCAGAAAAGAAAAAGCCUAACGUUUUAAAUUGUAAUAUAAAACCUGUUGAAGACUCUCUUCGUUCAGCUAUAGAAAUUGACUCUCAGUUUAGACCUAUAAGCGGAGAGCGAAGCAGUUCCCUGGAUUAUAUUAAAACUUAUGUUGAAUUUAGUUUUAGUGACCUUAACCUUGCCAAAAUGAACAAAAGUAGCUUUUAUUCCUAUAUUCCUCUAAAAGAGGUCUUGGAACUGGAUUUUAUAAAAAAACUUAACGUAGAUCAAGAAAUUUUAGUGGAAGUUAUUAAAGGCUCCUCUCAUUUGCAAUUGGAUGAAGAAAAAAAGAUGGUUAGGCGCUUGGAUCCAAUUACCGUUAUAAAUGACGAUACGGCUCCACUUAUUGACUGGUUCAAUUAUUUUAAAGCCGUUACUCGCCUUUCGGAUCUCUCGACUGCUCUGCUUCAGUACUUCCAGCUGGAUAAUCUACCUCCCUUGUUCUGUUUAAACCCCGCAAUUAUUCGUUGCGGAGAGUUGGGUUCACCAGAGCUAGUCAAGAAAAUCUUUGAAGGCCUUAAAUUACGUGGUAAGAAACCUUUGACAAGCCACAUGUUCUCCUAUUGUGUUGCUUUGGUUCAAUAUGGAGAUAUGAAAGGCGCGUUGGCUAUACUGAACGAUGCUAUAGACCAAGGCGUCAAACCAGACUCCAGCCUCUGGACUCAGUUCUUCAAUGCAGUUUGCAGGAAUGGUCGCGUUCAAGACGCUCUCCUCCUGUUUGACUUCAUGAAGAAGUCUGGAGUUAAACCGAGCGUUGUAACCUACACUUUGCUGAUGGAGGCUUGUGGCGUUCACGAUAAAGAGAAACUACUUCUGUUGCUGAAUGAGAUGCAGUCAUUGGGCAUUGCAGACACUCUUCACUACACCUGCUACCUAAAAGUUUUAAAAGAAGAGGGCAAUCUAAAAGAGGCUGUUGACCUCGUCCAAACUAUGAAGCAGCGGGGCGUGAAACUGAGUUUGAGGACCUACGAAAUAUACCUGGCCACCGUAGCUCGGUCGGGCGAUAUCAAAUUUGCACUUAAUAUUCUUGCUGAAAUCGAUGCUCUGACAGACAAAAGAAGUCCAGCGGUGUACAGGGCUCUGCUUUACUGCUGCUAUGUUGCUGAAGAUUUAGAAGAAGCUAAACGCAUAUCUCUCGAGUUGCUGCGCGACGGUUACAAGCUGGACAGAACCAAUUACCAUUCGCUUCUGGCGGUUGGUAGGAAACAGAGCUUUCAGUACACACAAAAAGUUUUUGAAAUGAUGAAGGCUGAUGGCCUGCUCGACACACUCUCUUGUAACCUGCUGAUCUUCUCUGCAGCGAGGAUCAAGAGAUUUGACGCGGCAUGGGAAUGCUACGAACAGAUGCUUAAGGACGGCUCCACCAAACCAGAUCACGUGACUUUAAGUGGGCUCUUGUACGCGAAGGGCAUGGCUUUUGGUUUGGAGAAGGCUUUCGAGUUCUUGAACACGUUAAAGCAGGAUCACGGCUUCCGCCCCGACCUGUUUGUCGUUAACAUGCUUUUAAAUGUCUGCUCUAUUCGUUCGGAGCUGGAAAAGACUCUUCUAUUUUUCAAGGAGCAAUUCGAGUUUUCCGAAAACUCUCUUCUGCCCACCGACGUCAGGCCGGAUCGUGUCACCUACGGUACUUUACUGAACGCCUGCGCUAAGUUUGCUGCGGUGGGUCAAAUGUUUGAGUUAUACGAGAACAUGAAGUCGAGUGGCUUGGAGCCCGACGCAAUCAUCCUUUCUAUUAUGCUUAGCGGGUGUAGUUCUGCCGGUGAUGCAAAUAGAGUAAGCUACCUCAUUGAAGAACUCAAACGUUACGGCUUUAGUACUAAGGAAAUUGCUUUCUCGCGGCGUCCGGUUAAGAAGAACAGAGGCCUUAGUAUAGAGGAAAGCCUGUUUAGCAUCGACUCUGCUUUGGCGCCGCCAGCUUUAGACCGUUUAAAAGAGUCGGUUCUCGAGGAAGGGCAGGGUGUAACCAGCACAUUAACGACAAAAUCUCCUGAAGGCAUUUAAAUCAUAGUAUUUUAUUUUUUCUUAAU